AUGGCAGCCAGCCCUUCUGACCACCGCUUCGGUUUUCUCCGUGCCAUCCUUAUCAUCCGCCUCAUCAACGCCUUUUGGGUCACCACUUUCUUUCAGCCUGAUGAGUAUUUCCAGGCCCUAGAGCCUGCUUGGGACAUAGCCUUUGGUUCCAGUAGCGGCGCCUGGCUAACUUGGGAAUGGCAUCACCAACUCCGUUCAUCUAUUCACCCGGCCAUAUUCUCGGCUGGGUAUAUAUUCUCACACUACGUGUCCAAAGUUCUCCCCAUUGGUGACGCACUCAGGGCGAGUAUCGUCGUAUCGUCGCCAAGAGCUGUGCAGGCUGUUUUUGCUGCCUUGGGAGACUGGUAUACUUGGCAGCUGGCUGUCAAGCUCUACCCCCAAGACAAUAAUGUCUCUUCUUUUGCCCUCUUCCUCCAACUCUUCAACGUCUGGCAAUGGUACUGCUCAGUCCGAACAUUCUCCAACUCUCUCGAGACCACCCUGACCAUCAUGGCCUUGUAUUAUUUCCCUUGGCAUGAGCUCCUCGGCGAAGCAAAGUCUCAUAAAGAGAACCCAAAGCCAGCAACAAGUAUCCAUCGUGAUGUUUGGCCACUACGAGCAUCGCUUCUCCUGGCUGCUGUGGCCUGCAUUCUCCGUCCUACCAACGGUCUUAUCUGGGCUCCCAUCGUCGUCCUGGCUCUUACCAGAAUUGGACUGCGAGGCUCGUCUCCGUUGACAGUCGAGACCGUACUCGUUCUUUUCCGGGAAAUCAUCUUGUGCGGAUCCGCCGUCAUCGGUCUUUCUUUGGUCGCCGAUCGCCUCUACUACGGGUUCUGGACAUUCCCACCCUACAACUUUCUCUACUUCAAUCUGUCCAAGGCCCUCGCCGUCUUCUACGGACGAAACCCCUGGCACUACUACCUUCUUCAAGGCCUACCCCUCCUCUCCAUCACCAGCCUGCCUUUCACCUUGUAUGCUCUCUAUAAACCAUCCGCCACUACCAACGACCAAGCCAACAUCCUCCGGACACUGUCUUCGUCCGUCUAUGUGAGCGUCAUUGCCCUCUCCGUCAUUUCGCAUAAGGAGGUCCGUUUCAUCUACCCACUUCUCCCCAUCCUGAACGUCCUUGCCGCUCCUUAUGUCGCCUCCUUCUUCACCACCUCAGCCACACCAAACUCAGCACCAGAAACCCGACGAAAACCCCUCCUCUACGGCGCUCUUAUCAUAAAUAUCAUUCUUGCCGGAUACCUCUCACUCCUCCACCAAGCCGGCACCGUCAGCGUCCUCUCUGCCCUCCGCACUGAAUACAGCGCCUUCCACCCAUCCAGUGCCAAAUCCUCAACCCCCAACGAGUCCCUGUUCGCUCUCUUCCUCAUGCCCUGCCACUCCACCCCCUGGCGCUCCCACCUCUUCCACCCAUCCCUCAACGCCUACGCCCUAUCCUGCGAACCCCCCUUGCACACAGAGCCAAACAGCCCCGAGCGCGACAACUACCGCGACGAGGCAGAUCGGUUCUACGACGAUCCCCUCCACUUCCUCUCACACGAGCUCUUCUCCCCAAGCCGCCCCUCGGGCGCCCUCCCCGCACCCCGCUACAUCGUCGGCUUCGAGGGCAUCGAACCCUGGCUCCAGGACUUCGCCGAAGCCACCCCCGAAGGCCGCGCCCUCGGCCUCCGGCCCCGCCGCGUCUGGUCCGCCUUCAACGGCUUCUUCAACGAGGAUUCCCGCAGGGCCGGCAGGGUCGUCGUCUGGGACACGGGCGUGUACGGCAAGACCCCACGGGCGGAAUCACCCGACGGCGCCGGCGUUCCAUCUUGA